AUGGCUCAAGCACUCCAGUUCUUCAUUCUGCUUGCGCUCAUCGUUCAUGUUUGCCUGGCACAAAACUGCUCAGUCCCAUGGUUUCAUCUCCAGAAAGGCAUCUUGACGCGUCCUGCAACCGAGGUCAGUAAAUAUUCUCCUUGCGUUAAAGCUUGCAUCAAGCACUUUUUUAGCGAUUACAAAGAUGCCCUCUCCGCGACUGCGGAUCCUUGCUUCAUCACUGGGGAUCGACGUGUCUCCAAUUUUGAUGCUUUGCUCUUCAACAUCAAGGCGGCCAAUACAGGGAAUCCUAGUGGCCAGCUCGGAAAUGGCUAUCUUCAACAUUGCACUUGCACAACGGAUAUCGUCAUUCGGCGAGUCAGGACCAGUACACGCCUGCUCGACUGUUCCUUAAAGGCAAUUGCUGACAGGCUGAGCUUUGCCUACACCUUGGUUUCAACUUCUCAAAUGGGCUACUUGGUCGAAAACUUGCCUUGCACUUCAGAUGAGAAGUUUGCGCUGGGUCCAGGUGUGACCCUUACUAGCUACUUUACAGGCAAGGUAUACGAGGUGGAGGACAACUUCAACUUUGGAAUAUGCUUCAAAGAUGACUUUUCGCUUGGGUAUGACUUGCAAAACGAAGGUAUCAUUUACCUGUACGACGGUCCUGGUUACGGACCUGGGGGCUUUAUGUGA